CCACCUUUUCCCCAACAUGUGCAAGCUGAAGGACGGACAGCUAAAUGUCGUCUAUCUGUUAUGCUUUUUCUUCAUGUAGAGAACUCAUCGCCUUCCGAAGGAGAUGACGCCUGUGGACCCAGCAGCCUUCGCCACUCAGCUCAUCUCUCGACUGGAGAAGCUCAAGCGGGAGCGAGACACCAUGGACAGUUUGGAGGAGAGACUACAGCAGAUCAAAGAGGAUGAAGGUGAAGAUUGUGAGCUUCCCACAAUAACAACACAGACAGAGAUGGAACCCAUAGUCCCCCAGCAUCAGCUGCAGCCACUGGCCCUCCUGCCCUCUGGAAGCUGUGACGACGACCCCCAGACCAUUUUGGAUGACCACUUGUCACGAGUACUGAAAACCCCAGGCUGCCAAUCGCCAGGUGUGGGCCGAUAUUCUCCUCCCUCCCAGACACCAGACUGUCUCCGAGGGGCAAAGUUUCAAAUGGCCCUGGGGACCCAAACGGCAGCUCCAGGUGUUCCCAACAAAGGGUGUGUCUCCAAACAGGGUACCAAGUACGUCCACCAUCAUUACAUUCACCAUCACGCUGUUCCCAAGACAAAGGAACAGAUUGAAACCGAGGCUGCUCAUAAAGUGCAGUGUCUCUGUCCAAACAGCACAGACUUUUGUUCCUACACCAAAUUUCGAAGUGUUCACCCCAAGGUUGAAAUGUCGGGACAUCAAGUGGAACAGUUUCCCUUUGGCAGUAAGAACAGUACUCUGGCCAGGAGGAGCACACAGGUGAUGGACUGUGUCAGCCCAAUUCCCAGUGAGGGAGCUCUGCCUCUUUCCAGUCCCCAGCUCCCCUGUGAAGAGACAGACCGGACACAGAAUGUGUGGCAGUGGAUGUUGGAGAGUGAACGACAACCCAACAAACAGAGGUCCCACAGUGUCCAAUGUAUGAAGAGAGGAAGUGUCACUGAAUGCCCGAGAGGAAAUGCAACUGAGCGUACCAAUCGUCAACAUGUUGGCAGUACCCAUCAGAGGGGCAUUGUUCAGCCAUCCCACCCCUUCAUUCAGGACCCGGCAAUGCCUCCACUUCCACCACCAAACACACUUGCUCAACUAGAAGAAGCACGCCGCAGGCUGGAAGAGGAGAAGAAAGUUUCCAAAACUCAGAAACAAAGAUACUCAACGUCAAGUUUACAGCGAGACAGAAAUCACGGAACUCAAUCACAAGGAAUGAGCCAGUCUCUGUCCAAUACUGGUUUCCUCACUUCUACAGAAGAGCACAAAACAGCAAAGAAGCAAGCAGUACCUGUGAACCUGGCUCCAUGCAGUGAGUUGGUUGUCACUUACUAUUUCUGCGGAGAGGACAUUCCAUACCGGAGGAUGAUGAAAGGUCACAGCUUGACCCUGGCUCACUUUAAGGAGCAGCUCAGUAAGAAAGGAAAUUACAGGUAUUAUUUCAAACGAGCCAGCAAUGAGUUUGACUGUGGGGCAGUUUUUGAAGAAGUUCAGAGUGACGAUAGCACACUGCCCAUGUAUGAGGGAAAGAUCUUGGGAAAAGUGGAACGAAUCGAUUGAUCAUUUAAAAAGGACUAAAAUCAACAGACUUCUGGCAUUUUAACAGCAUUCAAAUUAUGAACAAUUAUAGAAGGAUGAAAUAAGCUGUGAGGUACUGGAAUUCGGGCUUGAAGCUGUAGUGAUGUUUGCCUUACAUAGGAUGUAAAGAUCAUAAAAAUAUUUAUAUGAAAAUACUGAGCUUCAUUGUAUAAGAAUGACCACUAUUGAUUAUUUACAGACAUCCAGGUAUUCGUGGAUAUCCUGUGGCUUCCUGAGGGACUCUGUAUAUGAACAGAUACUGUGUAUAGUCCAUGCUCAAUGACACGUCCUGCUAUUUAUUGUAUUUGAGUUGUGGAAAAGCUAUACUUUUCCACUAGUACCAGCAACUGCUGCUCUUUGUGACAGUUCUUUUCCCUUCUUUGACGGUACUGACAGUUCUUCCCCUUUUCCAAUAACACUAAUGAUAAUAACAAUUAUCAUUCUCUGGUGUAUUUAAAGUGAAAUUGUGAAGCUGGCUGUGAAUUUUCUCUGAAACAAGUGACUGUCUUAAUGUAACACUGCUUUGUAUCUGUACCGGAACUAUCACCAAGUCUUAAUGGUCUGGCAGAAGAGGCAACCAGUCCUGCCUUGUCAAUUUUCCAUUCAGCAUUUACAUUGGAGCCUAGUGCCUUUCAAAUCCAGGAAAAUCCACAGAAAUCUUGCACCUUCGUCCCCAACACACCAUCCCCUCCCUUUCCUGUUCCCACUCUAACACUUUAAAAGCUACUACAGUGAUGUAGAUGUGGAUUGUAAUGUGAGUGAGUGUGCAGAUAUUGUAGAUUUUGGCCUACUCAGAUGUGUCAUCAAUGGAGGACAAGUGUGGCAGCUGCCUAGUCCCAACCCUGAUUCAAACUCUGCUCCCAGCAGAGAGCUUCCUCCUAGAGCGACACUGGCAUAAACAAUCAACGCCUCACAACUAUAUGACAUCAGGAUUGGAGUUGAUUUUUGUUUUCUGUUCAACUUCAUGGGUUGUAAUUGUAUUGCAUAACAUCAACAAUAAACUCCUUUAGAAUCAACAGCUUAAUAUGUAUAAAAGUAGCAGCAAUAGACCUUCUCACCAAUGCAUUGGUGAAAAAGUCACAAAUCUCACAUAUGCAAUUUAAACUCUCAAUCUCCAAAGAGAAUUUUGAAAUAGAGAGAGCUGAAAAUGGGGUGGCAAAUUUAUUAACUUAUCACCUGGAGAGAGAAAGAAAACCCAUAUUGGGAAUGUGAUCCGUUAUAAAACUGAAAUUUACACUCUGCCAUUUGCCUGGAGGCUCAGUCCCACAAAUUCCACUUUCAGACACUGAGAACCAUAUACAAACUUAAAUGUUGUAGAAUUAUAUCAAGAUUCCAGCAAGGAUGGAUUGUUUUUUUUUCUCUCUCUACUGCCAGUUGCACCUCAUUGUAGGAUUAAAUUAAUAGUUUGAAGGGAAGAUUUAAUUUUACAUACUGAGGUAGAAAUUACUGCAUGUGGUGUUUUCUUGUAAACGGUUAACAUACAUGUCUUGUUAAGGGGCCAGACCCCAGUAUCAACCCUUCCCAUCCUACGCACUCUAUCAUUCUGACCUUUGCCACACUGCUGGACAUAAUUUGUAUGAUAACUGUGUAAAAAUUGUUAAAGUUUUACACACUACUACUAGUGUUUCUUGUUUAUCCUGUACAGUACCUGUGCCUGCAUGGUAUUAUUAAUACUGUGUCUCACCCUGCUUUGAGGGUCACAUCUCCCUUUGUUAAGAAGGGUUUAUGUACAAAGAUAUUUUGUAUGCGUUUUUUUUGAGUGUUGCAACCAUGUUUUGUGCCAUUUUCUUCUCCUUUCUGUAAAUUAUGCAUUACAAAAGAGUUUGAUUUAAGAGUCCUUGGUACAAUAAUUAUGUAUAUAUUCAGAGAU